CAUUAACCUCGAAACCUCAGCACUAGGACAAUAACUAACGAUGUUGUUUUCUAACCUCCCAAAUGAAUUGGUUCAAGAGAUCCCUAUCGCGGCUGUUCGAUUACGCGUGAGUAAAAUUAGUUUUGGUAGGAGUAGUGUCGAACGCGCUCUCCGAUUACGACCCGUUAGCCAAUUAUGGGACACCGUAACAAUGUACGCGAUAUUUCAGUCAGGAAUCUUUACCGAGCCUAAACUGUUGCCGUUCCCUUAUAUUUGUCGUCCAUUCUGGUCUCGAUAUCUUAUAGACAAGUUAAUGUAUACGACCGAACCGCUAACUCGGUCACUCCUUAUUAUCCGACAAGUUGCAAAGCGUAUUUUAGCUUUCCGCGGCGAAGACACUUGGGGUGAAAAACUGGAAAAGUGUAUUUUCGAGAUCUCCAAAAUUUGUAUGAAUACAAAAGAUCAUUACGGUGGAUGCUAUGUAACCUGGACGAUACCCCCAAUAAGAGACACUAGGGAGUCGACCAAGAUCAUGGAUCACGAUGAAGACUUCAUGCAGGCUCUAUUAACAGCUGCAGCUCUUACCAACGAAGUAAAAUUGGUGCAGGAGCUGCUUCCGUAUUUCCGAGAGUCACCACAUCUAAUUUCCCCUCCACGUGGAUACAAUAACACGUAAGUUGUCUACCUAUUAACCUAGGUUACUUGGUUAUCCGUUAGAAGGGGCUGCUUUCAAGGUAAAUGUUGAAAUAGUGCACAUAUUUUUAGACUUCAUCGAAGCAAACGUAGGAGAGGGUCUGCAAGAAGAAGUAGCGCAUGCCAUCGUCACCUCAGCACAGUUGUUUACCUACUGAAAAUGGGGUUUAAAGCCGAUCAUAUUUCGAUAUGCCAAGCUACUCGGCAUGGAAAUCUUCAUAUACUGCGGCUACUACUGGAAAACAUCGUUCACCACACUGUUGAUUGGGACGGUGCCCUACUACAGGCAGUGAGAAGUGAAAAUGAGUCGGCUUUCCGACUGUUGGUGGAAUCUGGAGCACCACUUCACGAGUGGGUUGAAAGUGAGGGACUACGUAUAGCGGAAGAAGAGGGCUUGGAAUCGAUGGUUAAUUUAAUUAAAGAGUACGAGUGGGAGAUACCACGCCUUGAAUUCAUAGAAAGUGUGGAAUCAAAACUGGCUUAAUGUCAGAUUAUCCACUUGACCAAAAGGUAACUUGUAAUGUCAUAAAAUGUCAUUACUUAUUAUAUGCGAC